AUGUCUCGAAUCGGCGGCGCUCCCGCCGUGAGACGCUGCCUUUUGGCGGCAGGGAUCCGCGCGGGCGCCUCCGCCCCUUCACCGAGGAGCCUCAACGCACUGGUUAUACAUAGUCGCCACGCCGCCACCAAGGCGACCGCGACCAGCACCACCAAGCGCAGCAGCACCGUCAAGGCAUCGGUGACGACGGCGGCCGAAACCACUGCCACCGAGGCCAAGAAGAUCAGCACCAAGACCGCUGCCACGACGGCAACGACCCGGCCCAAGACGACUAGGAAAAAGGCUGCUGCCGCCGCGUCGACGGAUGCGGAGACUGCCGUCCCUGUCGAUGCCGCUUCGGAAACCCCCGUGACUACGGUCAAGAAGACCACCCGGGCCAGCUCCACCAAGGCCGCGGCGGCCAAGACGACCACGGCUACGAAGAAGACUACGACGCGGAAAACAGCGGCGCAAAAGGCGGCCGAGGCUGCUGAAGCUGGCGAUGCGCCGGCCGCCGAGGUCCCGGCCAAACCCAAGCGCAUGACCGCCGCGCAAAAGGCAAAGGCGGCUGCUGCUGCGGCUGCCGCCGAGAGCUCACCGCCCGCGCUGGAAGCCUCAAAAACAUCCGCGCCUGCAGCCAAGGACAGCGACAAGACUGCAGCAACGAGCGCUGCUGCGCCAAGAGCACCCGCUGCCUCGACGGCUUCCACUUCAAAGGCCACGCCCAAGACAAAGACCGUGAGCCCUAUUACAGAAGCGAGCCCUGCUGAACCGCUUCAAAAGACAGCACCCGUCUCGAGUACGACGACAAGCUCAUCUCCCCAAAAAGCCCCUAUCUCGCCAGUACAAACCGCCACAGACUCUGGAAAGGAAGCAGUCUCGUCAACGCAAACGAAGACGUCGAUGGCAUCUUCACCAAGCUCCUCACCUGCUUCCACAAUUUCAGAGUCCUCCAACAAGACAGAGACCGCAGCGCCGGCCUCAACAGUUUCGGCCAAGCCUAGUACCUCCACCGCAGCAAAGUCACCACCUGCACCCAAGGUUGUUUCUGGAUCUACUGUGAGCCCGCCGGUCAAGGAGACAAAACCACCUGUGACGGCUGCGAAAGCAGCUGCUCCCACGGCACCUGCAAAGGGAGCCUCGUCAGCCAAAAUGAGCACUCCGCCGGUUGGUGCGACGAAAGAAGUCGGGUCUUCAAGAUUCGCUGCUCCUGCUGCGGACAAGGCCAAAGUGGCACCAAAAUCUACACCCCAACCUGCUCCGGUGAAGGAAGCGCCAGAUUGGGAUGAGGGACCUUUGCCUCCAGCGUUUCAAGGUCGAGGUGAAAUGCCCAAGCCGUAUGAUACCAAUGCCAAGGAGUAUAAGGAUAGGGCGAGGCAGUGGCUCAAGGUCAUGGUUGGCUUGCCUAUUCUCAUUGUUAUGAGUUAUCACCUGUAUGACCGAUUGGUUCUGGGCAAUGGACCCGAUGAACGGCUCGAAUUCACCGGACAGGGAGUGCAGCUGGGACCUAAGCUACCAAAACUCGAACCCGGACCCAAACCCGAACCCGCACCCGAACCAACAACAACAACUGAACCAAAAUCAGAGACAGCUUAG